AUGGCAGCAAUGUUUAGCUCGAGCCACGAGACAAAUCCCAAUGUUUUCUUUGAUAUUUCAAUCGAUGGUAAAUCCACUGGACGUCUUGUAUUUGAAUUACGUGCUGAUGUGGUGCCCAAAACAGCAGAGAACUUUCGUCAAUUGUGUACGGGUGAAGCAGGAAUUGGUGAAGCAGGGAAACCACUGCACUAUAAAGGCAGUAAAUUCCACCGUAUUAUCCCCAACUUUAUGUGCCAAGGUGGUGAUUUUACACGUGGCAAUGGUACGGGUGGUGAGUCCAUCUAUGGUGCAAAUUUUCCAGAUGAAAAGUUUGUACUCAAGCAUGAAGGUGUGGGUAUUUUAUCCAUGGCAAAUGCAGGUCCAAAUACAAAUGGAUCACAGUUUUUUCUCACGACUGUAGAUUGUCCAUGGUUAGAUAAGGCACAUGUUGUGUUUGGACAUGUGACAGAAGGACAUGAUGUGCUAAAAGUCAUGGAAGAGCAAGGAAGUCAAUCAGGUGCUACGCGUGUUGAUGUUGUGAUUGAAGACUGUGGUGAGAUUAACAAGUAA